AUGAAUAGCACUGAGUGCAUGGACGAUUACAAGCUGGAUAAGAACUUGUUUCCAUUUGUUUACAUCAUUGUGAUUGUGGUCAGUAUUCCUGUCAAUUGUACAUUCCUCUGUGUAUCUUGUAUACAAGUGAGGAAAAAAAAUGAGUUAGCUAUAUACCUCUUCAGUUUAUCUCUAGCUGACCUCCUAUACACUCUGACCUUGCCUCUGUGGAUUGAUUACACUUGGCAUGAAGAUACCUGGCAAUUCUCUGCUUUGCUUUGCCGGAUUUGUGCCUUCCUUAUGUACAUGAAUUUUUACACCAGUGCUGCCUUCCUCACUUGCAUCUCCGUUGAUAGAUACCUGGCAUUAGUUCACCCUCUCAAGUUCCAACACCUGCGCACAAGAAGAUCUGCCUUGCUUGUUAGCAUCUUUGUUUGGGUUUUGGAAACCAGCCUGAACAGUAUGAUUCUGGUGAAGGAUGAAACAUUCCACAAGGUUUGCAAUUCCACUGACCAUGUCUUAUGUUAUGAUAAAUACCCUUUGGAAAAAUGGCAAGCCAUACUAAACAUCUUCCGGAUAUGCACAGGAUACAUGAUACCUUUGGCAAUCAUGCUGUUUUGCUACCAAAAAAUCUACCAAGCUGUGAGCCAUAAUCAAGCCACAGAAGAUAGAGAAAAAAAGAAAAUCAAGAAGCUGCUAUUGAGCAUCACCAUUACUUUCUUCUUUUGCUUCACUCCCUACCAUGCUGUGUUGCUGAUUCGCAGCAUCAAUGAGCCAGACAAUGACAACUUUAUCCAUAUGUUUAAGCCUUAUAGAAUUACACAGGCCUUAACAAGUUUCAACUGUAUUGCUGACCCAAUUCUGUACUGCUUUGUGAGUGAAACUGGGAGAACAGAUAUCCUGAACAUGCUCAAGCGCUGCUUUUGUGUGCGGCAAUCUGAGUUACAGCAGCCAACAGAUGCUACUAUGACUAGUAUUAUGAAAAAGAAUACUACAGCAGUGACACUGAAGUCAUCUACAGACCUUUAA